AGAGAACAACACUUCGUCUUAAAUUUCCAAUCGAGACCGCUCUUUGUUUGCGCGGUUGGACAGAACGUCGUUUUGGUCGUUUAAAGCAACGCAUCUUGAUUCACGUCCCAAGAAAAGCUGUCUCCAUGGCAAAGCCGUUUUACUAGGCUACGAGAACAAAGACCCUUCUAAAAAUUCGUCAUCAACUCGAAGACGAGACAGCUUGAAGUGCGAGGGCGGGAACGAUCGAGGCACUAUAUCAAUUGGUGGUAGACGACACAAAAGCAGGCUCUCGAAAGAGAAAGCGAAAAUAAUCGAUUACAGUAAACGUGUUGUUCAGUUUAAUGAAAAGCAGGCGGCUGGAGCCAUUUUGAGGAGCAGCAAGGUUGGAAUUUGGUCUGCACAAAGGAAUAGAAUCGGAAUUAUUACCCUCAUUAAAGGGAUAUAACUACACUCGGUUAAACAGAUACUAUGAACGACUUAACAUUAAUUUAGAUCUCCUUGUUCGAGGUCAACUAGUCGUGACCAAAUAUUCUGGACGGUUCGUAACCUAACGGUUUUGGUUUAUUUUAAACAUUCGUGAUUCCUUCGAAAAGCGGAUUUGGUACGGAAAGUGGUUCCACAACUCGUAGUCAGCCGAAAAAACACGGCCUGUACUAAAAUAGAAGCAAACGCGGACAUGGAUGGAUCAGAAGAGCUAACAGGUAUUAGCCCUCCGCAAUCCACAGAUGCCAAUGUGAAGCAAUGCGGUAGAAAACUGUCUUUGAAAGAUAUAAGGCGAUACGAAAAGAAAACACUACUGUGUCCGGGGGGAUGUGGGACAGAUCUGGAUCUAAACGAUAUCCCGACGCACGAUUGCAUGAGAGAUUUGAGGCAAAAGCUUGAGAGUGCGGAGAAGAAGCUUUGCGACAAAGGGGAGAAAGCGAAAGAAACAGGCGUGAUGGAAAAUACUUACAGAGAGCAGCUUGCAUUGCAAGAUUGUAAAAUCGCUCAAAUGUCCACCGAAAUCAAAGAGUUGUUGUUAGAAAGAUCACGUCGGGAUGAGAUGUUCAACAACAAGGAAACGUUUUACAAGGAGCAGAUUACAGCACUGAUGGACCAAGUGGCGAAGCUGGAGAGGAAACUUCAAUUACGAAGGCCUUCCAACCAAGAAGACGAGUCACUCAGUGAGACCAACGGUGCUAAAGAAUGGGCAUACAGAUACGACAAGCUACUGGCGGAUAAGAUCACUCUGGAAACGCUCUUUCAGAGGCGCGAGCGUGAGUCUCAACGCGAAAUUGACGCGUUAAAAGAAGAAGCAGCGAUGCUGCGCGAAAGCUUACAUCUCGAGCGAGAAAUGCUUUCGCUGGAGCACGACCAUGCUACCUUCAACAAGUUAGCGGUUUUAACAGAUCAGUUGGAGUCUCUAGUACAGCACAAGCAGCAUCGAGGACGCCACAAGAGUGGUCACAAGGCUAAGGACUUAGGUGGCGAAACAAUGAAUGGGAGGAUUCGUAAACGUGUACCGAACUCCGUUGGAAGUUCAAAUUCUGAUACAGUCGACGAAGAGGACAUGGAGGUCGUCAGCAAUUAAAACAACACGUAUCAGACUGAUCUUUUUGUGUCGUUGCCAACUACACCCUUAGAGGUACAUGUGUGAUAUUUGCCAUAUUUUUAGACUUGAACGUCAAAGACUAAGAAGGGCAAAGAAGCAAUUAACACAACAAGUGUCAACAUUGAAGAUGCGCUUGCUGCGAUAUUUUUGUAUGUUUAACACUUCUAUUCUUUCGGGUAUCUUUUGAAACAAAAUGAAUGUUGAGACGCUAAGAUAAUAGCGAAGGUA